CAAGUAGAUAGCAAAAUGCACAGGAGCUGUGGAAAUGCCAACUCAGUGACUCUGCCAGAGACAUUAUUGUUUGUCUCGACACUUGAUGGGAGUUUUCAUGCUGUUAGCAAGAGGACGGGGUCAAUUAAGUGGACGUUAAAAGAAGAUCCUGUACUUCAGGUGCCCUUACAAAUGGAAGAUCCUAGACCAGCAUUUCUUCCGGAUCCGAACGAUGGAAGUCUGUACACCCUUGGCGGCCAGAAUAAUGAAGGCCUGACUAAACUGCCAUUCACCAUCCCUGAGCUAGUCCACGCGUCCCCUUGCCGGAGCUCGGAUGGCAUUCUGUACAUGGGGAAGAAACAGGAUAGCUGGUAUGUGGUUGACCUCGCAACAGGGGAGAAACAGCAGACUUUAACCUCUUCAUUUGCUGAAAGCUUGUGUCCAUCUACAUCUCUCCUGUAUCUUGGCCGAACAGAAUAUACCAUCACGAUGUAUGAUACCAAGAGUAAGGAGCUCCGCUGGAAUGCCACUUACUUUAACUACGCAGCCACACUGCCUGAUGAUGAAGUGCAAUAUAAAAUGUCCCAUUUUGCAUCCAAUGGUGAUGGACUGGUGGUAACUGUGGAUAGCGAGUCAGGGGACGUCUUGUGGAUCCAGAAUUACGGUUCCCCCGUGGUAGCUUUUUAUAUCUGGCAGCGAGAAGGAUUGUGGAAAGUUAUGCACACAAAUGUCGGAAUAGAAACACUGCCUUACUUGACAUUCCUGUCCGGUGAGGCUGGACGCAUCACUAAGUGGAAGUAUCCAUUUCCAAAAGAGACAGAAGCCAAAAACAAAUUAUUGCCCACCCUCUAUGUAGGCAAACAUUCCACAGGCUUGUAUGCCUCACCCUCCAUGGUUCACGAAGGCGUGGCUAUUAUGCCCAGAGGAAGUCCCAUACCUCUAAUAGAGGGUCCAAAAACUCAUGGUGUUACCAUUGAAGAGUGUGUUAUUACCCCAAGUACUGAUUUGAAGUUUCCAUCUGAAUUUAAACAAAAGAACAGUCUCCGCUAUUUGAGGAACCACUGGCUUUUAAUAGGUCACCAUGAAACACCACUGUCAGCCUCAACAAAAAUCCUUGAGAAAUUUCCACGGAAUUUGCCAAGACGGCAUGAAAAUGUGAUCCCUGCAGAAUCAGACAAAGCUGCUUUUGAAGAGGCAAUUGACAUCACUGGGAAUUCUGCGAAAAACAUGCCUCCUUCCAUGCCAGAAAACGCCGGAGAGCCACUUAGCCAAACUGCAGCCCGACCAGAGACGCCUGUCGAUUCCAUACUGAAGGAUGUGGCCACAGUUGUCCUGAGCACGGUCUUACUAGUUGGUUGGGUGGCCCUUGUCAUCACAUAUCCAAUGAGUGUACAUCAUCAGCAACAGCGCCAACAUCAGCAGUUCCAGAGGCAGCUGGAGGAGAAGAUCCAGUUGCUGAAGCAGCAGCCCUUCAGUCCUCCCACCGACCUGCCCCCGGAAGGAGAGUUCUUGGAUGGCUCCUGUGUCCGGCCAGAGGGCUCAGCCACGAGCUCCCCAAACACGUCCCCCAAAGCCUCAAACCACUCUGCCUGUUCCAAUGUCUCUGCCUCGGACGUCGGGAGCUGCCUUUCCACUGAGCAGGAAGAAGGUGGGGAUGAUGCUGCAAGAUUCUGCCUGUAUCAAAUAACGUCUCUGCCUAUUAACAUCUGCAGGGGGACUUUUGACAACCGAGAUGUCGCUGUGAAGAGGAUUCUUCCUGAGUGUUUUAGCUUUGCUGACCGGGAGGUGCAGCUGUUGCGAGAAUCCGAUGAACACCCAAAUGUGAUCCGCUAUUUCUGCACAGAAAAGGACCGGCAGUUCCAGUACAUUGCCCUGGAGCUCUGUGCGGCCACUUUGCAAGAGUACGUGGAACAGAAAGACUUCCAUCAUCAUGGUUUGCAACCUAUUGUCCUUUUGCAGCAGACAAUGUCUGGUCUGGCUUAUCUGCAUUCCCUUAAUAUUGUCCACAGAGACCUGAAGCCCCACAACAUCCUCAUCUCGAUGCCUAACGCCCACGGCAAGGUCAAAGCCAUGAUUUCCGACUUUGGCCUGUGUAAGAAGCUUGCAGUAGGCAGGCACAGUUUCAGCCGGAGAUCGGGAGUCCCAGGCACCGAAGGCUGGAUAGCUCCAGAGAUACUAAGCGAGGACUCCAAAGAGAACCCGACCCACACCGUGGAUAUUUUUUCAGCUGGCUGUGUCUUCUUCUAUGUGAUCUCUGAAGGCAGCCACCCUUUUGGCAAAUCCCUGCAGCGGCAAGCCAACAUUUUGCUGGGUGCCUACAGCCUGGACUACCUAAAUCCAGAGAAGCAUGAAGACAUCGUUGCUCGAGAUUUAAUAGAACAGAUGAUAAGUACAGAUCCUCAGAAGCGUCCUUUGGCUAACUGUGUGUUAAAGCACCCGUUUUUCUGGAGUUUAGAGAAGCAGCUCCAGUUUUUCCAGGACGUGAGUGACCGAAUAGAGAAAGAAUCUUUAGAUGGCCCAAUAGUCAAGGAGCUUGAAAGAGGAGGAAGAGCAGUGGUGAACAUGGACUGGAGAGAGCACAUCACGGUCCCUCUACAAACAGAUCUUCGAAAGUUCCGAUCCUAUAAAGGGGGCUCAGUAAGAGAUCUGUUGCGGGCAAUGAGGAACAAGAAACACCAUUAUAGAGAACUGCCCCCUGAGGUGCAGGAGACACUGGGAUCUGUCCCAGAUGAUUUUGUACGUUACUUUACACAGCGUUUCCCUCACCUGCUUCUGCACACCUACCACGCCAUGCGAAUCUGCUGCCAGGAGAGACUCUUUCAGCCUUACUACAUGCAGGACUCUGAGGAGCAGGUUUUGCCUGGCGACGCUGUGUGAGACCUUGAGAGGCCAUGUUCUUUGCACAUUCAGGGACUGUGAAACAGGCCUGUCCUUAGCAGGGUGACUGGAGGAAUUGCCAAAGAGCAAGAAGCCUCUUUGGGAAAUCUAGACUUACCCAAUGUGCCUUGUACUCCUCCCUGCUCUGACUCAGGAAGAGGACCCCUGGUUGGAAUCCAAGGAAGAAGACGCGGUCACUUGCACAUAGCUUUAUAUGGCAGAAGAGAGGAGCAAGCAAAAGGCACCCCUUAACAAAGAAAAGCAAAGUGGAGUAGCCUGUAGCUUGGCUACAAGUAUCGUUAUGAUAGCAAAUGCCUCUACUGCGUACUCUUUUUAUGCUGGCUUUCAGGCAACCUUCCUGCACAGAAUCAGUUCGUUAUUUAAAAAUUGACUGAAAGAAACCCUAACAUUGCCAAGCACCUUCUGGGGCUCAGGAAGGGCCCUUCUAACCGUAAACAUUUCCGUCCCACUCUUGCCCCAAUGCCAUGUUGUGCACUUCAAGCAGUCACAGGAAUGGCUGCUUUUCUGAAAGGGAUAAGGCAGGUUAUACAUGCCAGGCCCAACCACAGAAAUGGAGCAAUUACAUGGAAAGGUAUAGACCUUCGAAUAUUAGUCUCCAAAUAUUUUUGUAAAGGCUUACAGCUGUCCUUGAAAUUGUUAACUGGAAAUACCAAUGCAAAGUCUACGGCCUGACAGAGGUGUAAUACUGCACUUCUUUAUAUAUAUUUUUUAAAACAACACAUGGAUCCAGAUAUUUAUGGAGCAAAGUUUGCCUCUGGUUACAGUACUGGAAAUCUCUUGGGGUUUGGGCGGGGCGGGGGGGGGAAUUGUUCAGAUGUCCUUUCUGGUUUCUUCACAAGGAUGUGUCACGUGGAAUCUUGAAGGAUGAUUCCUACACUCGUGGGAGGACAGGCCGCUGGGAGGUUGUGAACCUUCCUUUUGGCCUGUGGGAGAAUGAGAUCUGUCCAGACCGGCCCUGCCUGGAUGACAGGGGAGAGCUCCUUGCGGUUUUGCCAGGAAAUAAAAAAGAAGCACUAAGCAGCACCUGCGAUCCACAGGAUGCAAAGCUGCUGCUCCCCGCCCCCCCCCCACGUGACCCCAGAGAGGGGGAUAAAGUGUGCCGGCUCUGGCACUAGUAUAUUUAUUUUCCCCUCUCAUUUACACCAGUGGGGAGGGAGAAAUGUAGAAGAGUAACAAGGAGGUUUCUAAAAAGUGGAGAGGGGGCGGCAAAAUACAUAUCACUUUUGCCAUGGCUAGUAUGCCCUCAAGCAGAGCUUAGAAAAGGACCGUUCCUCCACCACAGAAAGUCCC